UCCAGGCAGCAUAGAGUAGGCACAGAACAGAUUACUAAAAUAGUAUGAUUCUACCUGAAUAACAAAGAGUAUGGUAAUUUAUAGGGGACUGAAUAAACACAGAGAUCGGUUAUUGCCUGUGGUUUUUGCAUUUUAAACUCGUUGCCAUUACGGUUUUUAAUCGUUUAUUAUAAAAUGUUAUUGUGGGAAAGUAACGCAUAGUUUUCUGGCUGUGAAGAUAAAAGACAAUCCAACAGUGUUUGACGAUGUGAAUCGGUUUUGUUAUUUUUUUUAAGAUAUGGGUUUCACCCAUUAUAGUUUCCUUUUAAUAGUGGUAUUUGGAGCUUUAGUAUACGCCGGCACUGAAGGUUUUGAUUUAGACGGAUCAUGUAAUGCAACUGAUUCUGCUCGCGUCGAAUAUGAAUACAACACCGAUGUUGUCAGUAGUGAGCAUAUAAUAACUUUCAAAGGAUAUUUUCCAAGAUCUACUAGAAAAAAAUAUGUCACAGCUGCCUUAAAAAAUGCUGGGAUAUCAAAUUGGACGAUACUACAACGCAAUAACCCUGCAAAGGAGUUCCCAAGUGAUUUUGAUGUGAUCAUCUUGAAAGAUGAAUUGACUCGAGCCUUGGAUGCACUUAGAGAUCAUCCUGCUGUCCGUCGUGUUACAGCCCAAAGACAAGUCCAACGCACUUUAAAAUAUGUACAAGAGGACAAUUGUGGACGCACGGGCUGCGUCUACACAGGAUGGCGUAACCAUCGUGCCCGAGAUUUGAACUCCUUGCGGCGCCCACGCGAGAAUGGCUUCACUUCAAGGAAGCUUCUGCGCACUGUUCCUCGACAAAUUACUUCAGUGUUGAAGGCAGAUUUGCUUUGGUCACUCGGCGUUACAGGUGAAGGUGUCAGAGUUGCCGUAUUCGAUACCGGCCUGGCACGAAACCACCCUCACUUUGGUCGGAUCCGCGAGCGCACCGACUGGACGGGCGAGAACACGCUAGAUGACGCCUUGGGGCACGGAACCUUCGUCGCUGGGGUCAUAGCAUCCAGGGCAGAAUGCCUAGGUUUCGCGCCCGACGCGGAUCUACACAUUUUCCGCAUCUUUACCGACAACCAAGUUUCAUACACGUCAUGGUUUUUGGAUGCGUUCAACUAUGCUAUCAUGCGCAAAAUUGACGUCUUAAACCUGAGUAUCGGUGGACCUGACUUUAUGGACCACCCAUUCGUCGAUAAGGUGUGGGAGCUGAGCGCCAAUAAGGUUAUCAUUGUAUCCGCUAUCGGCAACGACGGGCCUCUAUACGGGACCCUGAACAACCCCGCCGACCAAAUGGACGUCAUCGGCGUCGGAGGUAUCGGGUUCGAUGAUCGUAUUGCCAAGUUCUCGUCACGGGGAAUGACCACGUGGGAGCUACCUAGUGGCUACGGUCGCAUGAAGCCCGAUAUAGUGACUUAUGGCAGUGGUGUCCGCGGUUCCAGUGUCACAGGAGGAUGCAGAUCACUCAGCGGUACAUCCGUGGCUUCCCCUGUCGUAGCCGGGGCAAUAGCCUUGUUGGCCAGUGGCGUUCCUCGCCAACACUUGACUCCGGCAGCUGUGAAGCAAGCUCUAUGUAUCACCGCGCGGAGACUCGCAGGACCAAAUAUGUUCGAGCAGGGACACGGCAAAUUAGACCUUAUCAGCGCGUAUCAGUUCUUGAGAGAAUAUGAGCCUCAAGCUAGCCUGAGCCCGCCGUACAUCGACUUGACGGAAUGUCAGUACAUGUGGCCGUAUUGUACGCAACCGUUGUACUACAGUGCGCAGCCUACCAUCGCCAAUGUGACUGUGAUCAACGGACUAGGCGUUUCGGGACAAGUUAAAGACGUUGUAUGGCAUCCGCAUCUACCAAACGGCGUUCUUCUCUCCGUGUCCAUGGAAUACAGCGAAUAUCUCUGGCCCUGGUCCGGGUGGCUAGCCCUCAGCUUCACGGUGUUGGAAAAAGGUGUCGAUUUCGAUGGCGUUGUAGAGGGCCAUGUAAACGUGACUAUCGAGAGUCACGGAGAAGUCGGAGAGAAAACUAUGCGCAAUACAACGCUGAUGUUGCCGAUACGAGCGCGCGUCAUUCCGGUGCCGGUCAGGUCGCGACGACUGCUAUGGGACCAGUUCCACAGUCUCCGUUAUCCUGGCGGGUAUUUUCCACGGGACGAUUUGCGCGCCAAACAUGACCCGUUGGACUGGCACGCCGACCACGUGCACACUAACUUCCGUGAUAUGUACCGCCGCUUGCGUGAGCACGGAUUUUACUUGGAGGUCAUGGGUACUCCUCUAACUUGUGUGGACACUUCGUUAUAUGGGGCCCUUUUGCUUGUCGAUCCGGAGGACGAGUAUUUCCCUGAAGAGAUGGCGGCUCUCAAGAAAGCCGUAGAUUCCGGCUUGUCGUUGGUAGUAUUCGCCGAUUGGUACAACGCAUCCUUAUUGCGACACGUGAAAUUCUACGACGAAAACACUCGACAGUGGUGGAUACCAGAAACUGGAGGUGCAAACGUUCCCGCUUUAAAUGACUUACUAAGCAUGUAUCAGGUAAAUACGGCCGCGAGCGCGUCGGAGUCGCAUGAGCGAGACAUCGACGCGGCGAUGUUCAGUAUAGCGCGCUUUACCAAAUUGAUACUUUAAUAUGCAAUUAUUGAUUAUACAAUAUAUGCCAUUAUAAAAUAAAGUUAAUUUGAAGUGCUAAGAUUUAUCCCUACUGUAGCAACGAACGAUUCUAGAUAGGAAUCCUGAGUGGAGCAAAGGAUACAAGGAUUAAGUUUUUUUACUAUUGUGAGAAAAUAAAUAAUAUAUUUAUAGUACCCAUUGGUUGUGUUUUGGAAAUGACAAUAAAGAUUAAUUAUGAUUAUUACUAAUUAUUGUAACUUUAUAUGUAUGCUUUGCAUAACUUCUGUUUGUUCAAAUUUUUUUUAUUCACUCAGUAAUUAAAUGAAAAGUUUGUUCACUGUUAUCGCUAAAUGAAAUCCCUUUUUCGAGUGGCAAUGAGAAAUAAUAUUUUAUUUACUUGUGUUUUUAGUGUUGACUUUUUUAAUGAUGAUUGAUGUUUGGUAAUAAUCAAAUAUCUCAGUAAAACUGUACUAAGUGUAGUUUUGUCUUUGCCUUCAUAGUUCAUUUAAUAAACAGAUAUAGGCAAUACUGGAAAUACAUUUCCAAUCCAGACACAGAUAUGGUACGUAAAUCAGCAAGUUACUGUCAAUUGAACUUGUGGAGCAAAGAAGUCUAAUAUAAAAUAUUAAAAAUAAACUUUUUUUGCUCUAGAAAUGCAUCCCAUUAGUUUGAGUUUAAAACAAAAAACCAAACUGCUAACAUUGUAAACUAUGUACCUAGUGUAGUAGUGAAAUACCCAUUAAGUCAGUAUAAAACAGAUAAAAUAUUUACAUUUUUGAGUUUGAGUUUGACGCUUCCCUUUGUUCCUCGGCUUCGAUUUCCAAUCCAAC